AGAGUUGAAGCAAAGUUGCCUGGAGGACGAGGUAAUACAUAUGCGUCCCCUCAUUAAAACUGAAACCACUGGCCAGGGGGCAGAUCGGCAAACUACCACACGAAUUACCCCGUACACGGGGGAGGCACUGGCCAAAAUUCAGGAAAAAUACAGCCGUAAGGCCAGUGAAUCAGAGACUGAAUAUGUGUGGAGAGUGUCCCUUACCGGGGGGGAUCGAAUUUUGUUGAGUGAAGAUGAGGCCAGAGGAUUUUGGGGCCCACGGGUCUUCCUGACCACAAAUGAUAACCGAGCCCCGUGGUCCUUGACCCAGAGAGCUGCCUACUGGGCAGGCGGGUUAGACCCUAUAGAAAGGGGAGAUCCUUACACGAUUAAAACACCCACAAUUGGCCACAUUGUAAAAAGUGUACAAAAAACCGCAUGUCUCCAAUUAAUGCAUACAAAAUUAUUAGACCCACAACGAAAUUCCCCAAUGGAACUCGAGGCGGAUCCACAGAGAUUUCCAGUCUUAAUUCGAGGUCUGCCUGAUGCACUAAAAGUUUAUGCUAAACAAUUACAGGAGCGCAUAAAGGCAACCCCCAGACCUAGAAGAAGGGGUGCUCCAUCAGGAAUAACCUGGUUGGAGAUAGCCCAAGAAUUAAUAGCUACUGGUCAGCAACUGGGGCUCUCUGGUACCAGUGGUCAGAGAAUACACUGCAGGAGGGCAGGGAAGGUCCAAAAACCUGCCCCACCAGGUAUUUGUCAACAAAAUGUGUCAUCUAGCAGGAGAAAGAGAUACAGUUUGUGGGUAGAAGGUGUUGCAAAAGGAAUCCCUCGAGAAGUGAUGGAUAAAUUACCCACUGCUAAUUUGGAAUACUUGAUAAAGCACUGGGAUAAGAUAAAAGAGCACAAGUCACCCCCUAGGGACAGUCCCCCUAAGGAGUCCAACACUGUGAUCCCCUCAGCCUCUCCAGAAACCGGACUAACCAGUUUGACCAGUUCUGAGUCAAGAAACUGGACUUACUGCUCUCAAGUAAAUAAGCCAAAAAAUAGUCAGUGGGUUUAUGAGAGAAAGCUUACAGAAAACAACCAGGGAGAUAUAGUAGUCACUUUUCCUCUCGGCCCUUUUAAAUCUUUGGUUACAUUCGUGGUAGACACUGGUGCUCAGGUCUCAGCACUCCAAACUGAAGCUGCUACUCAGUGUGGCAUUAAACCAGACAAAAAAAAGAUAUGGGUAACUGACGCUUUUGGCAAAUCCCACCCCCAAUACACUGCUCGAGUGAAAUGCUGGUUACCUGGAGAUGAGACAGCCACAGAAACUAUCAUGAUUGUGGGGCCAUUACCAGCUAACAUCCUGGGGUUAGAUCUGCUAAAGGGGAAGGCCUGGACAGACACCAGAGGGAGAGAAUGGGUGUUUGGUCUCCCACCCCCCUCUGUCCGUCUGAGUUUAUUUGUUUUUUGGAGAAAACAUGCUCCAAACUUCUCUAUUAUUACUGCCCUAGUGACAUUAUGCCAGAUAAGAAAAGGAGUUGGAUAAAUAGAUAGUUCCUUCUUUUUAAUAAUGGGUCCGUAGUGGGCCAGAUUUCUUUUUUUUUGCAGAAACCUACCAGCAGAAG